CUUCGAAGAAGGCACUGGCUCAGCUAAACUAAUCGUGCAAACAAACGCAUUUGAUGAUAAUAGGAAAGAUGCGGAGGAGGGAGUCGCUGAUGCGGAAUUAAUGGCUACUGCCCCAGAUAUUAGUCCCGAUAAUGCUGAAACUAUUAAACAAAUACCCACACGUUUAUUUACCGAUAAUAUGCAUAUGCAACGCCAUUAUUUAUGCUUCGAAUGA